UUGUCACAGUACAUUUCAACUUUCAGUUGCUCUGAGGGACCGCACUGUGCACUUUCCACCGUCAACAAGUCGUAGCGCGCAGUUUUCUUACGGGGACAGUGCUACAGUUCGGGAGUCAAACAUGGAAGAAAACGAGCGCCGCAGCGGCUUGUACCUCAUCGGGAUUCUUCAGCAGACCCUUCAGAACAACAUAGACUACUUUGCAUGUACCUGUCAAGACGAUUUCACGCAGAAUUUCGUGGAGUUGCUAGGGGCUCUCGGAGAGCUCGAGAAAAUCGCUUCGCAAAUUCACGGAUUCGCUUUCAAAUACGACUACGAUGUUAGAAUUCCUGCUAACGGAUACCGGACCUAUUGCCUCCUCGUGGAACGAUUCGUUUCCAACACUCUCGAUCUCAGUAGACAAAUCGUCGAAAAACGAGAUUCUAUGUUCUUCCGAGCAGGAAAAUUUGCAAAGGAUGUAGAGGUUCGAGUCGUGGCUUGCAAGGAACUUCGGAAGGCUGGUGCAAUGCUCUUGACUUUGGCAGCCAAGUCCGAAGGAAACAACUUGUUCAUCUCCGAUCCCGCGGAAUUCAAAUCCCUCCUCAAAGACUCGACAUCGUUUGACAAGCGACCCUUCUUGGGCAGGAUGCUCGGUUACCCACUGUGUGAAUCAUUGCAAAACUGCCUCAGCGCAGUCAGUAUUGCCAUGGCCACCUUCUCCGAGCAGUACAAGAACGAAUCGAGCGUUGUCGCGUCAUUUGCGGCGUCUCUGUUCAAUUCGACAAAAUACGGGAUGGAUAUCGACGACCGCGCCGAACGAAACGCCACGAUCAUCAAAAACGGCGGCAUCGACUUCCUGAAAAGCUUUUGGACUCUCAACGAAAUGCCAAUUACCAAGAGAAUCUCCGGUUGGAUUAGUCCGUCUCUCGAAGUUUGCGAAAAUGUCACUUUGCCCCUAGUACCUUUGAAGUUAGAGCGGAGGGGUGAAGCACUCGACGUUCCGUAUCCGUCUUCACACCUCCCGACGCAACCCGUCAAGGCACUCCUGUUAUCGCACGUUUGGCGGCAGGGUCAAGACGCCCUCGCGGGCACGCCCCCUGCAUCCGCGUACGAGUACCCGCCCACAAGCACUAUGUUUCUGCACUUGCAUGGCGGCGGGUUCAUCGCCCAGUCUCCGGAAUCGCACGAAAUCUACCUCCGGGGAUGGGCGUCCGAACUUCAGAUGCCUCUGAUGUCAAUCGAUUACUCCUUAGCGCCAGAAGCGCCGUUCCCGCGCGCCCUCGAAGAAGUUUUCUACGCUUACGCUUGGUUGAUCAACAAUCCGUAUGCCGUGGGUUGGAGCGGCGAGAAGAUCGUCGUAGGAGGGGACAGCUGCGGUGGCAACCUUGCCAUUGCACUAGCGCUGAAGUGCAUACACUUAGAAGUCCGACCCCCCGAUGCUUUAUUUUCAGCCUAUAGCCCUCUGAAUUUGAGGCUGUCACCGGCGCCAUCGCGUCUACUUUGCUGCAUGGAUCCUUUAUUGCCCUUCGAGUUUCUCCUGCUCUGCGUACACAGUUAUGUUGGCGUCGACGUCAAACCGAACGACUCGGGGAGUCCGGUCAAGGUUUCGUCCCAAAACCUUGAGAUUAGGAUCGAUAACGGUAUUAAUGAGGACCCCCAGCCCGUCGGAGAUUCGGGUCAAGAAAAAGACACUAUACAAGGAAUCACAGACGCAGUCUACGAUACGACGGCCAAACUCUAUCAAGAUCACUUUGUCAGACCCCUCGAGAUGUUCACCGGGACGAACCAAGCGUGGCAGAGUUCACAUUGGUUCUCUCCGGAGAAUCCCAACGCUCAGGAAAUUAUCGAUCGGAUCGAUGACCUGGCGGCUUCGCCGUUCAUUUCACCUCUCCUGGCGGAUGAUCAACUCCUAUCAAGAUUGCCUCCAACCUAUCUUCUGGGGCUUCAUUUAGAUCCAUCUCUGGACGAUAUGGUGAGCUUCGCGAAACGUCUCGGACGUUUGGGCCGGUUCGUCGAAUUCGUCGUCCUGGACCGUCUUCCACAUGGAUUUCUGAACUUCGUUCCAUUUAGUACGGAAGCCGCUGAAGCCUCGAAAGUAUGUUGCGACAUGCUACGGGAUGCCUUCGCUCUGGUUCCCCCGAAUCCGAUAAAUCCACUGGAGGAAGUUCCCCUCUGAAAUCUCAUUUAGGUACCUUGUUCCAUGAGCGGGGCGUCGUGAAUCGUGAAUUUCGGAGUCAAUCGUCGCCGAGCGACUGACUCUAUCAUAUGACUGCGGUGUCCCGAGGUGGCGUUGGAGGAUGCGUGAGAUAUUCUCUCCGAAAAACGGGUCCAGUCUUCGAGCGUGAUGGAAGAGUACUCCGGGAUUCGGAAAGCACACCUUUUAGUCAGCCGCGCUAUCGGGUAGCAUUUAUCAAUGAGACU